AUGCAGGACAAAAUUCACACUCAGCCUAGUCUUCUACUUCAACCUACCUCUUCAAAUCGCCUAAAGGCCCAGUCUCGCUCUUCUCGGACUAUCCAGAAGCCUUUUUCUUUUUUACCUCGUCUUCCUAUACGCCAAUCCGCCUGUCGUGUUUCUGCUCCAACUCCUGCAGUGAAGGCUUCCACUAGUUCUUUUAAUGAUUUACUUCAUCCUCUUUCAUCUUUAAAUACGCCAAUACCAUUUUCCAUUAGCUCCACUGCUCAUAUACCCGGCAGUAGAGAUAAAAUAACCCUACUUUCCACUGGAGAUUCCACAGCCUGCAUCGCUGCCCUCUCAAUCACCACAACUGGUUCCACAACUAUAACCACUAGACCAGCACCCUAUCUCUCCUCCCCCUCCCUUAUCUCGAGCAUAUCUAUUCCGUCUAUCACAGAUGAUCCGCUAAGCCUUAAAUGUUUACCCGCAGACCAUUACUUACACUUCCCUUCAGGGGUCCAAAUAGAGUCCUCUUUACCGAACAUCACUGCAGCAGCUUCAUUCAGAUCUGCGCAAGCGGUCAUCACUUUCUCAUUGCCUCACCGCGUGCCAUCAUUUAUACCUGCUCUUCUUAGUCAUGAGCCCUCUGCCAAAUUGGUUCCGGAAUCUGAAAUCGCUGACUACCCUAUCACCUAUCCUUUUCCACAAGCUUCGACCAAUUGGUCACAUUCACAAAAUGAUGAAUUCUUAAGGCGGACUGAUGAGUCGGACAUCUGCCUUCAACUUCUGCCCUUGCCAGUCAGCUUGAAUGACCCGAUAACUUUGUCUUCUUCCUCAGCAUCAUCGGCAUCCUCUGCAUCUUCUAUUACAAGUACUUCGACUGCUGUAGAAACUAGUCAACUCGACAAGUCUAGCCGUCUAGGCUGUAAGACUCUUGGUCAUCUUCGAGACUCGAAAGUCACUUUGCAAAACUGGCACCAAAAUUCAUGGCCAGUACCGCAGAAGGAAUGCACAACGUGGCAACAAUCGCCCGACAAUGUAUCUCAACAUAUGACUCCGUCGUCUGAUGAUCAUCAUACUCAUACAAGUCAGUCUCAGGAAUCGACUAAUGUCACUACCCAAUUCACUUCAUACUUAUCUUCAGACAUAUCAGCCCAUUCUUGCCGGUCCUUGGUGAGAUUCGGAGCUCCAGGCAAGCCUUAUUAA